ACCGAAAUUUUUUCCCGAUCAAAAUCAGAUGAAAAAACUUUCCGGUUUUUGUUCGGUAAUUAUAGAUUCGGAAAAAAAUCAUCAACAACAAAUGAAUGUCCUUCUAAAAUGGACCAAAUUGAUCAAAAUUCCAAUGAUCAUCAUGAUGGUGAUGAUCAUGUUGAAGCUAAACAUGUUUAUGUUCUAUUAACGGAUCGUUACCGUAUUUCUCGAAACAUUCGUGUCGAAUGGUUUCUUGAUAAUUUAAAUAAAAAUUUUCCAUCAUUAUCCAAACGUAAAUUGACGGAUUUUCAAAAUGAAAUUGAUAUUAUAUCGUUUGUUACAUCAUCAUCAGAUGAUAAUAAAUAUGAAUUUCAAACAACAACAACAACAACAACCGCAAAUCGUUUGGAACAACAACAACAACAACAACAAAAUGAAAAUUGCAAAUUCCGAAUUAGUUGUGAUACAAAAUUUACAUUUUUUUCAAGAAAAUAUUGUUUUGUUUUCAUAUUGGAUAUGUCAACAUCGGUUGCCAAUGUUGAUAUACAACAUUCAACCAUUUUAACCGAUGAAUUAUAUGAUGUAUUGGCAAAAUGUUUAACCAAUAUUGUUAAACCAUUUUAUGUUCCUGGUUCGAAAUUUUUAUUUCAACCAGAAAUCUAUUUAACAAUUGUUGCAUAUUUACCAUUCUAUUCAUUAGAUGUUAAUAAUGUUAUUGUACAUGGAUUUAAAUUAACAAUGGAUAAUAUCGAUAGAUUAUUACAAAAAGUUUUCGAACGUAUAUAUUACUAUAUUGAAUUAUUAAGUCAAAAUAUAUGUUCGGAAAAUUUUCAUGAUCAAUAUGUUUAUCGUCAACAAUGGCGUACGAUUGUACCGGCAAAUCUAUCAUUAAUAAACAUGAUUCGAUUUGGUCUGCUGUCAUUGAAUCUUUUACCUGAAAAUAGUCAUCAAGGUAUUGUUAUUGUAACCGAUGGUAAUACAAGUUUUUCCGAUGCCCAUACUUUGGAAUCAGCAUUAGCACAGCUAAGACUUAGUAUGAUAUCAUGUUCAUUCAUACAUAUUGGUAGUCCACCACAUCCAGAUUCAGCAUUAGGUUAUGUACCUUAUAUUGAUUUUAUGAAUUUUAUAUCACAAGCAACAUUUGGUGCUUAUUUAUCGAUUAGUUCAGAUUAUGAUGAUGAUGAUGAUCAAACAACGGAGAAUAAUAAUUUCAAUGUAUUUCAUCGUGCUUUUUUUGUCUACAGUUUUAAUCAUGGUCGUUCAAGUUUUACAAAAUGUUUACGUUCACGGCGAAAAUCUUCAUCAUCGACAACAUCGACAAACAUAUGGGUUAUUAAUAAUCCAUAUUUCUAUUCGAAUCAAGAUGAUGAUCAGGAUAAUAAUGUUUUUCGUAAUCAGAAAAAAGAUCAACAAUUAUUACGAAGGAAACAAUUGGAAAAUCAGAUAAAUGCAAAUUUUUCACAAAUACUUUCAUAUCGUUUACGUGAAGGUUUUACUAUAAAACGUGUAAAUCUAAAACAAUCGGAAAAUAUUAUUGAAAUAUUAUUAACAUUACCAUGGCGUCAUAAUGUUAAUAUUGAAUAUCAUAUAUCAGCUUAUUUUCAUCGAAACAAUCAUAAUAAUAAUAAUAAUCAGAAUGAAGAUAUUGGUGAUGAUAAUGAUGAAAAUUUUACAAAUUAUGAAGUUAUUGUUGAAAGUAAUUAUAAUUUUCUUCAUGAUGCAAGUUGUCAAAGAAAAAUGUUUAAAAGUCAAUUACGUUCAACAACAAUUAAACAAUUUUGUUCAACAAUUAAACAUUUUAAUGAUUCAAAUAAUCUGGGUAUACAUUUUCAUCAUUUUGCACGUAAUGAAAUUUAUCGUUCCAUACCUGAAUCAAUGCGUAAUGGUGUAUCAUUAUUUUAUUUACAACCAAAUAGUAAUGUACCUGAAGUAAGUGUACCAAAUGAAUUACAUUUAAAAUUUGCACAAUAUUGGAAACCAAUUUGUAUGUUAGAUGUAAACAUGUGUCAAAAAUCAUCACUGCAUACACAUCAAAUUAAUAUUCUAUUGAAACAUGAUUAUCCAUUACCUGAAUAUUUAUUUCAUCCAAAUCAAUUUGGUCGUUAUGAAACAAUACAAUGUAAACAAACAAUGUCCGUAUUGAAUGUUGUUUUAAAAGAAUGGAGUUCAUUUGUAUUGUUAGAAAAUCAUAGUUAUAUUAAAUUAAUAAAAGAAAAUGAUGAUGAUAAUGAUAAAUCAUAUUCAUUUUAUCUGAUACGGAUUAUUGCACAACCACCUUGUUUAGUAUUACAUCUUGCAUUUAUUGGUGGUACAAGUGGUUCAUUACGUAAUCAAAUUGUAAAUAAUCUUUCAAAAAAAUUACGUCAAUGUAAAUUACCACAAAGGAAUUUAUCAUCAUCAUUGGUACAGAAAUCAACUGGUCAAUCGACAACAUCGAAAACAACAAUAACCGUGCCAUCCAACAAUGUGAUUAAUAAUUCUGAUUCAAACAACGAUGACAACGAAGACGACGAUGAUGAUGAUAAUGUCAAUCAUGAUAGUUUAAAUAACGUAGAUGGUGAUGAAAAACAUUCAAACAUUGACCAUGAUGAUGAUAAUGAUAUAAAAAAUCAUAAUAAACGUAAUAGUUCAAAUAAUAAUAGUUUAUCUGUAAAUUGUUUUGUCAUCCUAAACCGGCCAAUCGAACGUAUGUUAAUACGUUAUGAAAAAAUACCAAAAGAUUUUUAUAGCUGUUAUAAAUAUGAAGAAGAUUUACGUUGUAAAAAUACUAUAACAUCAUAUGCAUCAUUAAAUAUGUUUCAAACAUUGGUUAGAUUUCUUUAUCAUCAACGUUUUAUUUGGUCAACAACAACAACAACAAAUGAUCCUGGUCAAUCGACAUUAUUAAAUAAUCGUUUAGAUAUAACAUCUAUUUCGAAAAUUUUAUCCGUUUUAACAUUAAAACGAAUACAAGAAGGUUUUACAUUAGCCUAUAAUGAAUGUGGUGUUGUUAAUCUGGUCAAAGAAUUAUUGAUGAAUGAUGAUGAUGGUGAUGAUAAUGGUGAAGAUGAUGAAGAUGAUGGCGGUAACAAACAACAGAAAUCAACAACAACAACAUUUCCAUGUCUUGUACAAUAUAUAAUAUUUCCAUCAAAUGUUGUUAUACGUAAUCAUCAUCAUCAUCAAAAUAAUAAUCAUAAUCAGAAUAAUAACGUACAGGAUGAAAAUAGCAAUGUUUUUGAUGAUGAAGAUGGUAAUAUGGUGGAUCAUCAUCAUCAUCAUCGUCAAAGACAUCAAAAUCAACAGCAGCAACAGAAAAAUGAUGAUCUUAUUGAUGAUAAAUUAUUUGGCCAGCAACAACAACAACAACAUUUAAUUGUAACCGAAUGUUGGAUUGAACCACAAAAUGGCAAUGCAUAUAAUAAUCAAUUAUCAUCAUCAUCAGCUAAUAAUCAACAUCAGCAACAAGAUAAUAAGAUUUUACCACUUACCUAUGAUCGUAUAUCAUCAUCGUUUUAUGAACGAGAUUUUGAAUUGGUAUCCGUAUUACUAACGUAUGAAUAUCUAGUAACAUCAACAUCAUCGGAUCGAUCAUCCAAAAUAACUUGUAGUCGACAACAAAAUCAACUGCCAAAUGAUGAUGAUGAUGAUGAUGAUGAUUAUCAUUCAAUAUCGAUACAAAGAUCAAAACAAUCAUCAAAACAACGUUUCAAACAUAUUCCAUUUAAAUUUAAUUUAUUAAGUUUAUUGGAUAAAAGUCAAUUGGCAUUGAUAAAAUUUCGUACAUUAUAUCAAUGGUUUAAUAUUUCGAACAAUGAUGAUGAUGGUGAAACACCUGAUCCAAAUAAUUGUACAAAUAUAAUGCUUUAUUCAGAAUUUAUAUAUAAAAUUUCGCAUUUAUAUGAUGAAAUUGAUUUUAAUCAUGAAGAAACAAUAUGUUUAAUACGGAAAACUAAUGAACGAUUAUCAAGAAAACAACGUCAUUGUUCAAAUGAUGAUAAUCAUGGUGAACAUGGUGUUAAUAAUAAUGAAUCAUUAUUAUUAUUUAGCCAUUUGGAUCAAUUACAAAAAGAUCAAUCAAUUAGAUUUCGUUGUUUUUGUAAACGAAUAUCCUCUGAUUGUAUUAUAAUAAUAUUAUUACCAUCAUCAUAUAAAGUAAUUAGACGUUUAACAUUUAUUGAACAACAACAACAAGAAAAGGUUAAUAAGAAAUUAAUUUAUGAUGAUCAACAUGAAAACAAGAAUAAUGAAAAUAAUGGACAACGUUAUGCAUCAUUAAUCAUACCGAUUAUAGUGCAUAAAAUAACAUUUCAAUCAUUAACAAAUAUAUUGUUAAAUAAUCCAAAUCUUAAUGAAUAUGAUUAUUAUUCAGAUUGGAAUAUUUUAUUUGAUUUUACGAAUGAUUGUUUGGAAUCACAACAAGCACCACCAGUAUCAAUGACUGGUCAACAUUAUUAUUAUGGUCAUCGUCGUCAAUCUUUGAAUAAUGACCAACAUCAACAACAACAACAAUCAAAAACAACUAUUGAAGAAAUUGCAUUAGAAUUAUUUACACAAUCAAUUGAAACAUUAUAUCGUAAUAGUUUUACGGAUGCAAUUUAUAAAUCAUUACGUUAUGAAUUUGAUUCAGAUGAUCGUGAUAUUCGUUUAGUAUUGGAAAAAAUUUGUCAUAAAACAUUUGAUUAUGUUGAUAUAACGGAUUUUUUAAUAUAUACUUGUCAACAUAUGAAACCAGUAAUCAAUGCUUAUUUUGAACGUUUUCCAAACAACAAUAUUUUCGAUUUACUUACAUAUGUUGCACGUAUUGUUGAUAUUGAUGUUAAUGAUGAUGAUCAUAACAACGAUAACAACGACAAUAACGAUAAUAAUGAUCAUUCAAAUAUUUUAACAUUACGGUUAUCAUCAACAACAUCAUCGAAUGAUGAUGAUGAUGAUGGUGAAGAAUCAUCAAAGAAUUCCAAUCAAAGUUGUAAUCAUAAUGAAUUAUUACGACAAAAUUUUCUUAAUCUUAUACAAUCACAAUUCACUUUGAUUCAAACACCACCAUCAAAUAGUUAUUAUUAUUAUGAUUAUGAAAAUAUACAAACAAAAAAAUUUACAUUAGAUGCAGAAAUGAUGUUAAAAAUGCAAAAAGAUGCUAAAAAAAAGAAAGAAUUAUUGAUUGAUUUUUAUACUAGAAUUGAUAAUGGUAAAAUUCAAAUGAUGAACGAUGAUGAUAUUAUUGAUGAUAUCGAUGUUGAUAUCGAUACUGAAACUAUCGAAACAAAUAAUGUUAAUAAUGAUGAUGAUGGUGAUCUAUUCAACAAAGAUCCAAGCCUAUUUCAAUCAUUAUUUUUAACACGUCCAUUUUUUAUUGGAUUUUUUUAUUCAAUAACAUUAAAAAAUGAUCAACAAAUAAGAAAAAUAUCAUCAAUACCAACAUGUUUAAUGGAUAUUAUAUCGAAAACAACUAAUAGUCAAAAUUGUAUUGAAUUGGAAACAUUUCGUGUAUUAUUAAAUAUUGAAAUUAUUACACAGGCAUUAGAACCGGAAGAAAUAUCAUCAAAUUGUUCAGUAAUAUCUGGUGGUGGUAUUGGAACCAAUAAUAAUAAUAAUAAUGUAAAUGAUCAAAUGGCUGAUAAUAUUGAACAAUCAGUACCAUGGAAUAAAUUAUUGGAUACAUUUCAAGUAUAUAAAUAUUUUGAAUUUUUUCAUCAAAUCAAAUGGAUGAUACGUGAUGAAAUUGUAUCAUUAUCACAUAAUUUAUUUCAAAUUUGUCCAAAAACAUUAGAAAUGGUUGUUGAACAUAUAAAACAUACUUGUAAAUCAAAUUUAUCAUUUUUUGAACGUAUGGAAUUGAAAUUUGUAUUUCCAUUGGAUGAAUAUCCGGAUUUUUUUAUUGAAUUUCGUAAUGAAUUGGGAAAAUUAGAAUUUUCAACAUUUUGCCUAUGUGAAUUGGGUCAAUAUUUUUAUGUUAUACAUAAUACAAAAUGUUCAACAAAUUUAUCAACGGAUACAAUGAUUUGUACUAGUUUAAAUAAUGAUAAUAUUGAUCAAUAUGAUGAUUAUAAUGAUAAUGAUGGUGAACAAAAACGAUUAAUAUUCAAUGAAGAAUUAUUUGAUCCACCAAAUGAAUCAUUAGUUGCUGUUUAUACAAUUGAAGAAUCAUUAUUAAAUUUUUCACCAAAUUUUUGGCUAAUAUUAUCAUUAGAAACAAUGGAUGAACAAAAUCGACAAAAUUAUGCUGCAUUAUAUUUUCAUUCACGACAAAACAUUUAUCUAUAUGGUUCGGAAAUAUUUAAACAAUUGAAAAAAUGUUUAGAAUUUUUAUGUAAAAAAUUUAAUCAAAAAUUUUUAUUAGAACGUUUAUUUGAAACAAAAAUCUGUGAUGAUUUACUUAUAUCGAAAGAAGAUCAAGAUCCAUUUAGUAAAAAUUGUGUACGUAGUACAUUAAAUAUAACACCAAUAAUAAAUUCAUGUGAAGGUAGUUUAAAUUAUGAUUUUGAUUAUGAUUAUGAUAAUAUAACAAUGAAAAUUCUGCGUACAAAUUUUCAAUCCGGUUCAUUCCAUUGUAAUGUUGUAUGGUAUAAACAUUUUCCAUUACACAGGCGUUUACAUUCACUUGGUCUGAAUACUAUACGUUCGGUAUUGAAUUCAUUUGUCAUAUCAAAUCGUAAUAAUUUAUUUGUUUAUCGUGAAAAAUCCAAUGCAAUUUUCUAUGUACGAAUGUAUGAAAUUGAAUGUAAUCGUGAUUCAUUUAGUGAUAAUUUUGAAUAUAAUUUAUCAUCGACAACAACAGAUGAUUUGGAUGAAAUGAAUGAUUAUUAUUAUUAUGAUAAUAUUAUUGUACCGAUUCCGUUAAAUUCUGCGAUAACAGCAACAACAACAGCGACAAAUGAAGAUUGUGAAUCAAAUAAUCGUUAUGAAUCGGAUAAUGAUUCAGUUAAUUCAUUGAAUGUUAAUCGUUCAACAACAACAAAUAUUUGUAUACCACAACAAUGUAUACUGAUGAAUGUACAUGGUAUUACUGAACCAAGUAAUGAAAUAAAAGAAGAUAUGGUUGCUGCUUUACAACGAAAAUUGGAUGAAGCCAUUCUGGAUAGUUUAAUAAUGAUGUUAGUACGUAAUCCACAUUCGAAAUUAACAUCACAAGAUGUUUGUUUUAUACAAGGACGUAAUUCACAAUUAAAAAAUUUUCAUUUUAUUAUUAAUGAAUCAUAUUAUCCAUAUAUAAAUAAUUUAAAAGGUUAUAUCAGACAGAAUUUAUCUCUAUAUUUUUAUAAUCCAAAAUAUUUGGAUCGUAAUCCAGAUUAUCAUUUUAAAUUAUUUAUUAAACAACGAUUUCAUUGUGUUAAAGAUGAAGAUAUAUUCUUAUUUCAUUGUCAAGAAGAAUCCGGAAAAGAUACUAAAGGUAUUGCUUGUAUAAUAUUUUCAAUUGUAUCACGUGAUCAAUCAACAUUAUCAUUGGAUUUAUUACCAAAAACAUUUCAAAUAACAACAAUGGAUAUUAAUGAUUUUGUUGGUGGUUAUUUUGAUUAUUUAGUCACUGUUUAUAAUCCUGUUUGUAUGAAUGAAAAUUUAAAUGUAAAAUUUUUUAUUAAUUUUCAAUUAUGGUAUGCCGGAAAAAUUGAUAUAAAAUUUUUAAAUCAAAAAUUACGUACAGUUAUUGUAAAUUCACUUUGGGAAUUUAAUUUAGAAUUUAAAGUUUUUAAAUUAUGUCAAUAUGAUGAUCAACAACAACAACCGCAGCAACAACAACAAUCACCAGUAAAUCCCUCAUAUGGUUCAAUGUCUGAACCAUCAACACCGAAAAAACAGCAGCCACCAUCAUUAUCGCAACAACAACAACAACCACCAUCAGCAACCCAAUCAGAAAAACGUGAACGACGUUCCGGUUUAUCGAAUGUAUCAUUGUCAAAACCACCACUUUUACAGAUUGGUGGUGAUGAUGAUGAUACUACUUUCAAUAAUAACAAAUUUGGUCAAUCAUCUUCAUCAAGUAUAAUUGAACAUUUGGAUAAUCAGGAAAAUUAUUUCAAUUUUUCAAAUAUUGAAAGCGUUGGCAGUAGUAGUCAAACUUAUCAGCCAUCAUCAUCAGCUAGUCCAUAUAAUCAUUUAUUACGAAUACAAGAUUAUCGUCAAAAAGAACUGAAUUGUUUAGCAAAUUUUUUACGUAUUGCAAUAAAACCAUGGUUAGAUUAUGGUAAACAAAUUGGUGUACAAUCCAUUAGUCGUUUAGAAUUUCGUGCACAAAUGAAACGUUCAAUAAUGACAAUUGUAAAAGAAUUUUCACAAUCAGAUUAUAUACAAAAAUUUGCUAAUGAUAUGCGUAUGCAUAUGCUUUCAACAUCAUCAUCUGGUUUACAUUAUUAUGAUUUUGAUCAAUUUUUAUCAUCCACUACUACUAAUGAUCAAACAAAUGAUGCGAAUACGGAUAAUAAUGAUGGAUCAAAUACCUAUAUGAUAUUACUACGGCAUGAAUCAUUAUGGAAAACACGUUAUCUACAUCAAACGGAAAAUUCAUUUGUACAGAAUUAUAUUCGUUCAAAAAUGUUUACAAAUAAAUUUGAUAUGAAUAAAUUUGAAUUUUUACCUUGUUUUUAUAAUCCAUAUUCAACAAUUAAUUCGGCUAGCAUUGGUGUUGGUGGUAAUACAAACAAAUCAAUGAAUGAUUCAAAUUUAGCAUUAAAUACUUCGGGUAUUGAAUUGAAAACACCAACAACAACAACCGCAGCUAAUGAUUGUAUGGACAAUGUACAAUGUAUAUCACCAAGACAAAAAUUCCUUCUACUUUAUAUUGAAGAUGAAAAAUUAAUUGUCUAUCUUUAUAAUUGGAAUACAAAUAUGAAUAAAACAAUUAUCGAUUGGUUUUCAAAAAUGUUUCUUUGGCAUAAUGCACGUAGUUUAUUAUUGAAAAGUUUAAUAUUACAAAAAGCCGGUAUAUUUCAUAAUACACCAUUUAAACGUUAUACAUUUGAAGAUUUAAUACAAAUGUCAAAUAUAUCAUUUAAAGAUGUUGUCUAUUUCGGUGGUGGCAGUGGUGGUGGUGCCGGUAGUAGUAGUGGUGGUGGUGGUGGCGCUAUUAAUCGUAAUAAAAAUAUCGGUCAAACAUUUUUUCUUAAUCCAGAUUUAUUAUUAAAAUAUGAAAAUCCAUUUCAAGCUUAUAAUGAAAAUAAAGAUCAAUUAAUUAGUCGAUUGGAUUUUCUACUAUUUGAAACAAAAAAUUAUGAUUAUAUUUUUUCACCAUUUGUUUAUCAUUUGAAUGAAAAAGAUCCUCAUCACAAUCAUCAACAACGUUCAAAUCUUUUUGAUCUAUUUCUUGGCCAAUUCAAUUCUGAUUAUAAUGUUUAUAUACGUGAUCUAAAGGAAAUAUCAAAAGUAUGGCAAAUACAUGGUACAAAACAUAAUUAUCCAACAAUGGAUAAAAUUAUUUAUUAUGUAAAAUCAUAUGGUCGAUUAAAUCAUUAUUGUUUAACACCAUUUUUAUUCAGUCAUAAAUGGCGUUUUAUAAUAUCAUUAAUACGUGAUCAUACAUUAUUAUCAUCAUCAUUAUCAUCAUUACAACAACAACAACCACGUAUUAGACAUAUGUCCGGUGGUAAUAUAUUAAGAUCAAUUAAUCAUAAUGAAAAUGAAUUUAUUUUUACUGGUAAACAACGUAAUCGAAGGAAGAGUGGUCCACCAAAUAUGUUGGAAAAUACAACAACAUCAUUAUCAUCUUCGCAAUCACACAACAAUCAAACAGCGACAACAACAACAUCGAUACUAACAAAUUCAAAUCAUACAACAUCGGAUGAAAGUUUGGAUAUGCUUGUUUGUCCACAUUAUAUACAAGAAUAUGUACAAUAUUUACAAAGUUUAGGUUUUAGUUCAAUUAAAUCACAAAAAGUUGUUAGUUUUCGUAAAAAUUUAGAUUUUGAACUAACAAAACAACAGCAAACAUAUGGCUAUGGUAAUCGAUAUAAAUAUUCGAAUGUUGGUUCGGGAAGAUUGAAAUCGAAUUAUCAUCACCACCAUCAUAAUUAUCAUCAUAACCACCACCACCAUCAUCAUCAUAAUCACCAUCAUCAGAAUAAAAAUGAAUAUGAAAAAUUUUAUCUAAUCAAAACGGUUAUAGGUGGAUUUUAUUUAUUUGAAAUUGGUUUUGCCGAACCAUUUGUUUAUAGUUAUCUAUAUUCAAUGGAUUCAAAACGUUUUUAUUCAUGGACAAAAAAUAAUUCCAAUUCGAAUAUGAUAAAUUUCCUGGAUGAAUUAGAUUCAAUCAAAGUUCGUAUGCAUCUACAUUCAUUUACAUAUGAUUAUCAUUUACGUACAAUACAUUCAUUUAUAUCUGGACGACAAUUAUUUCAACCUGGUUAUCAUUUAAUAUCAUUUCUUGAUGAUUUUAUACGUUAUUAUCAAAAAGCACCGAAUUAUGCUAGAAAUCAUGUUUAUACGGAUAAUCUUAUAUUUGAAUCACAAAAAAUUACAGCUGAUCAAUUAUAUAAUUACCUUAUAAAACAUAAUCAAAAUUAUGGUAUUAAUGUAUUUUCAAUGAAUACAACAAAUGCAUUCGAUCAGAUGACCGGUAUGAAUGAAGAAUAUGUACUAAUACGUUUAUCAACACAUCGUAUACCGUUUAUUGAUGAAAAUAAUAUACAACAAGAAGAUAAUUUUGAUGUUGCAUUAUUGAUUGCCAAUCAAAAAAUGAAUAAUGCUAGAAUAUUGAAACCAAGACAAUUAUGUUUGAAAUUUUAUCUAUUACUUACAUCACAACGUGAAUUAUUUCCAAAACUUUAUUCCGUUCGUUAUAAAGGACAAUUUAAAACAAUUCGUAUGCUUAAUAAUGGUGGAAAUAAUGAUCGUUCAUCAUCAUCAUCAUCAACAAUGAUCGAUGUUGAUGAUGUACAAUCAAAAAAUAUUAAUAAAUCUAUAUUGAUACAUAAUGUUCCAAUGGAUGAAACAGUUCAUAAUUCAAUCGAUAGAUCAAUUUAUACGGGAAUUUGUGAUGAAAAAAUCAAUUAUCUUGGUUAUUUUAAUGCACAUGAAAUUGUUAUGUUAGAAAUACUUGAACAAAAAGUAAAAGAAAUAAAAAAAUAUCUUGAAGAAACAAUUAAAACAGCUGAAAUUGAUUGUAGUCGUGAUUGUUUAUGGAAUAAUCUAAUGGGAUCAUUAAUGUUGUCUAAUGAAUCACAACAACAAAUAACAAUGGAUGAUUUUGAUGAAUUAUUAUCAUUAGUUAAAUCAAUACGUUUGGAUGAAUAUGAUUCAUCAUUAAUGCAAUUCAAUUCAUUUACUAGUCUUUGGUAUCGUACAUUAGCACAAAAAUUGGAAUUUAAAUUCGAUAAUAGAUGUCGUAAAUUUCAUCGUAAUACAUCGUUUAAGAUGGCCAUUUUAGAACCGAAUUGUAAAGAUUGUUUUAUAUUAUAUCAUUGGAAAAAUGCAACACCAUUUUUUGUUGAAUUUCGUAUCGUUUUCAAUCAACCACCAUCAACAAUUAUUGAUCAAAAUUUUUUCCGUCGCUGUGAUUCUGGAUAUCAUGUAUUGAUUGAAGAUUUUGUUAAUGCAUGUACCGCACAUAUGUGGACUAUGUUAUUAAGUUGAAUUUUAUAUUAUUAUUAUUAUAUUUUCCUAUUGAAUUUGAAUUAUUUUAUCAAAUAAAAAAAAAUUUUUGAAAAAAAA